GGCCCGCCGCGCCUGUGGCCUCGAGCCGAGUGCGGCGUCAACACAGGACGGGAGAUCGGCGAGGCCCUGGAGCGCGGCGGCGGCGGCGGCGGCUGCAGAAACACCCGGAGCUGAGGGGGGAUUACACAGCUCUCCUCACGCUUUACUCGGGUGUAAAUCAUUACUUUAACUUUCUUCUCACAAAUCAAGAAAUUGUUUAAGAUGGAACUAGACGAUGGAGUGGUUUACCAGGACGACUCCAACACCAAUGUCAUGUCGGAGCGGGUAUCGGGCCUGGCGGCUAGUAUUUACCGCGAGUUCGAGCGCAUGAUCCGCAAAUACGACGAAGACGUGGUGAAGGAGCUGAUGCCACUGGUGGUGGGCGUGCUGGAGAACCUGGACGCGGUGUUCGCCGAAAACCAGGAGCAGGUGGUGGAGCUCGAGCUGCUCAAGGAGGACAACGAGCAGCUCAUCACGCAGUACGAGCGGGAGAAGGCCCUGCGCAAGCACGCCGAGGAGAAAUUCAUAGAGUUUGAGGAUUCUCAAGAACAGGAGAAGAAAGACCUCCAGAUUCGAGUGGAGGUGCUGGAGUCACAGACUCGGCAACUUGAACUCAAAGCAAAAAAUUAUGCAGAUCAGAUUGGCAGAUUGGAAGAGAGAGAGUCUGAACUCAAGAAAGAAUAUAAUGCACUUCAUCAAAGACAUACAGAGAUGAUCCACAAUUACAUGGAGCACUUAGAACGGACCAAACUUCACCAGUUGGGUGGGGUAGAUUUGCAAGAACCAGGAGUUCACAGCAAAGUUAGGAGGGAGCCACCACGUUCCUUGGGUCUUUUCCCGUUGCCUGGAGGGGAUGUUCUCACACCAGAUGCACAGAGGGAAGGAGCAGAGACACCUGGUACAGAAAACUGGAAAUUCAAUGACCUUAGCCAACCAAGGUCGAACACAAGCCUAAAAGAUGAACUCUCAGAUGCUAGCCAGGCAUCCAGCUUGGUACCAACAAAACCCAACACUCCCAUAUCUGCUCUGCCUGACUCUGCCAUGGGCGAUUCAACACCUCCAAGAAAGGAAAGCCUGGAGACCGAAGGACUAUUCAAAAACUUGAACCAAGCUAGUAGAAAACCAGAUAACAGGAAAAAUAUUGAUGUGCAAGUUCAGCAGGACACAAGAACGCUAGCAGUUGGCAUGACCGAAAAUGAAGAGAAAUCAGAGGUUCAAGCUAUCAUUGACUCAACACCUGAAUUGGAUAUGGAUCGUGAUUUUAGUGGCUACAAAGGAACAAGCACGCCAACCCAGGGAAUAGAAAACAAGGCAUUUGAUCGAAACACAGAAUCCAUUUUUGAUGAAUUGUCCCAAUCAGCUUCUGAGCUGAUUGGUGAUGUGGAUGAAGGGGCAAAUUUGCUGGGUAUGGGUCGAGAAGUUGAGAAUCUUAUUCAGGAAAAUACACAGCUGCUGGAGACCAAAAAUGCACUGAACGUGGUGAAGAAUGACCUAAUAGCGCAGGUUGAUGAGCUGACAUGUGAAAAGGAUGUUUUGCAGGGAGAAUUGGAAUCAGUCAGACAAGCCAAGUUGAAGCUGGAGGAGAAGAACAGAGACCUAGAAGAAGAGCUGAGGAAAGUACGUUUAGAGGCUGAAGAAGCAAAGAGCAGAGCUAAGGAGGAUUCUGAUGAGAGUGAUGUUCCCACUGCUCAGAGAAAGCGGUUCACACGUGUAGAGAUGGCCAGAGUCCUUAUGGAGCGUAACCAGUACAAGGAGCGUUUAAUGGAGUUGCAGGAAGCUGUACGGUGGACAGAGAUGAUUCGUGCCUCAAGGGAGAACCCAUCCAUUCAGGAGAAAAAGAAAUCUACCAUCUGGCAGUUUUUUAGCCGUUUAUUCAGUCCGUCUACUAAUACAGCCAAGAAACCUGUCGCACCAGUCAAUGUUAAGUACAAUGCACCAACCUCGCACGUCACCCCUGGAGCGUUUAAGAAGAGAAGUGAUGCUGUAUCUCAUUUACCCAUGUCAAAGGCAUUUGAUUUCCUUAAUGAAGAUGGCAAUGAGAGUACUUCAGCCGCACGCAGGGAGCAGAAGAGGGAACAGUAUCGCCAAGUGAAGGCCCAUGUGCAAAAAGAUGACGGUCGAAUUCAGGCUUGCGGCUGGAGUCUGCCUCCAAAAUUCAAACAGGUGACAAACGGUGGUACAUGUGACAAGAUGAAGAAUCUGCCCUUGCCAGUGUAUCUGCAGCCUUUGGACGACAAGGAUACCUUUAUGAAGUUGUGGUGUGCUGUUGGUGUAAACUUGUCAGGAGGAAAAACCCGUGAUGGAGGCUCAAUUUUUGGUGCUAGUGUGUUUUACAAUGAUGUGACAGGUUCAGAACCAGAAAGCAGUAAGCAGCAGAGAGGAUCUCAGAGCAGCCUGGACCGUCUGGAGCAAGAGCUUAAAGAACAGGAAAAGGAGCUAAGACAUCAAGAGGAGUUGUCCAGCUUGGUUUGGAUCUGUACAAGCACACAUUCCACUGGUAAAGUGGUGGUUAUAGAUGCUAACCAGCCCGGAAAAAUCCUUGAUAGUUUCUUUGUCUGCAACUCACACAUCCUUUGCCUUGCUAGUGUACCAGGUGCCCGAGAGACGGACUAUCCUGCUGGAGAAGAGGUUCCAGUCGACACCGAGGGAAGUCAAGCGGAAUGUAGCUCUUUAGCAGGGAGUGUUGCAAGUAAUAGUUCAGCUGGAAGCGACAAUCUUUUGGGAGGGAUCACGGUGGUUGGUUGUACUACAGAAGGGAGUACAGUUCCUCCCAGCAUACACACCCCUGCCAGCUCCUCACCAAUUCAAGGAGAGUCAGGGGAAGUUGGUGAUGUGUGUGUCAGUCCUGAUGAAAGCUUGCUGGCUGCAGAAGAGGCCACAGAAGCAACAGAAUCCAACCUAAACCUUCCUGUGUCAGAUGAUGAUUUAACUGAUGUCAGUCAGUCCGGAGCUUACACAGAGCAUGUUUUCACUGACCCUCUGGGAGUGCAGAGCUCUGACAGCACGCAGACCUACAACAGGCGGGAAUCUGAUUUGUAUAAGGAUGGAGUAUCUGCACUUCCAAUGGAGCAGGACCUGAUGCAUGAAGAAGCAGAAAAAAUGAGCAGUAUCUUGCCAACAAUGUGGCUUGGUGCACAGAGUGGUUGUUUGUAUGUCCAUUCCUGUGUUGCUCAGUGGAAGAAAUGUCUACACUCUAUUAAACUGAAGGACUCUAUUCUUAGUAUUGUACAUUUGAAAGGAAGAGUAUUAGUGGCGUUAGCGGAUGGGACAUUGGCGAUCUUUCAUAGAGGAGUAGAUGGACAGUGGGAUCUUACCAACUAUCACCUUCUGGACUUUGGGCGGCCUCAUCACUCAAUUCGCUGCAUGACUGUGGUGCAUGAUAAAGUAUGGUGUGGCUACAAGAAUAAAAUCUAUGUCGUUCAACCAAAAGCCAUGAAAAUUGAGAAAUCCUUUGAUGCCCACCCACGGAAGGAAAGCCAGGUGAGACAAUUGGCCUGGAUUGGAGAUGGGGUAUGGGUUUCAAUCCGUCUCGACUCUACCCUUCGUCUUUAUCACGUACAUACCUACCAGCACCUGCAAGAUGUAGACAUUGAACCAUACGUCAGCAAAAUGCUAGGAACUGGGAAACUUGGUUUCUCUUUCGUGCGGAUCACGGCUCUCAUGGUGUCCUGUAACCGCCUCUGGGUAGGCACUGGCAAUGGUGUCAUCAUCUCCAUCCCCCUCACAGAAACUGUAGUCCUCCACCAGGGACGGUUACUGGGUCUGAGGGCCAAUAAAGUGUCAGGGGGGUCUGGAAACCGUCCCGGAAAUGUCAUCCGUGUCUAUGGCGACGAAAACAGUGACAAGAUCACCCCUGGCACAUUUAUACCUUACUGCUCUAUGGCACAUGCUCAGCUGUGUUUCCAUGGACACCGAGAUGCUGUCAAGUUCUUUGUCGCAGUCCCAGGUGCACCGCUUCACGCCGAGCAUUCAUUUGAGAAAUUAGGAGCUGCUGCCUCUGAAGUAUCCAGCCAGUCAGCAGUGCCCACGGUGUUGGUGAUGAGUGGUGGAGAGGGUUACAUUGACUUCAGGAUGGGUGAUGAGAGUGAAGAGACUGAGGAGCUCAGGGAGACACUACAGGUGCAGCCAUCGCUGGCCAAAGCGGAGAGGAGUCAUCUAAUUGUGUGGAGGGUCACCUUCAACAGUGACUGAGACAACUCACUAGCACAGUGACUCAGACACAAGCCUUGCAUGUUGUUUUAUUUUGGUUUAUUUCAGUUUUAAUUUCUUCACCGCAAAGUGUUUGAGCAGUUCUUCACCAUGUCCCUGAGUUUGCAUGGUGAGGUUGAGAGCAAGAGGUAAACAUCUCUAAGCUCUCAUGUCCUUCUCAUGGGGUCUUCCUACUGUUGACAGACAGCGCUUGCUAAGCAUAGUCCUUUCAAAGACAUAGGCUGCCUUAGUGAAACAACUGGUGUUAGUUUCAAAGGGUUAUUAUGCUAACACUAUUCUAAAGAACUAAUUUGUAUUUGCAAUGGUUAUAAAGAAAGCUAUUUAUUUCUGUGUGGGUGUUAUCACUGUUACCAAAGGACGUUUACCCAGAGUAGCACUCAUGUCAGAGGACUGGUGGAGAGCCAGUCUUGUCUUAGAGAUCUGUGGUGUUUAGGGGGGUAUCAACCAAUUCAGCUCACGUCCAACUUUUAUAAUGCAAUUCAUUGUAGAAACUCUGGACAUUUAUGACAGGGAAAGUUAACAACCUGUGCCACACCUCAGAACCAUUUUAUACACAUGACUAAAAUGUCUUCUUUUCUCUAACAGAAGUGGAUUAAUUUUAUUGACUGUUUUGUUGAGAAAGAAACGUUUGCGUCUCUCCAAGCCUAUUUUAAAAAAUAUACAAAUUUUAUGGUCUGUAUUUUUUUUGUAAGUUUACUCUUUAGACACUUUAUCUUGUAUUUUAAUUGCUCUGUAAUUUGAAAACUGAAUGCUGCGGCGUUAAAUUGCUCUCUGUUGAAACCCAAGGCUUCAUCAUGGUGAGCUCAAUAGCUCACAUUGCAGUGUAGCCAAUUCAGUAUUUAUUACCUAUUAUUAAUGAACCUUUGGGGUUCAGAAUGUAACUUUGUACAAGAAAAAUAUAUAUAUGUAUAUCAAAGACGGCUGCUGUUUGCUUGGUUGUGUUUCUUUAGCUCUGAGCUAGUUUGCAUAGUGUGGGAUCUGUGUUAACACAUUGUCGACAUUGGAAUACUGAGGUUGGGAAUCGUGAGUAAAAAGGCACCGUAAUUUGCAUUGAUGGAAUAAAUCAAACUUUAUUUUUAUUC